AUGGCGGUGCACCGACGAAAGCUGGAAAAGGUGGAGAAGUAUGAGUGGCAAGAGGGCAAGAAGAUCUACGAAACCAGAGAAGUUACGGCUGAAGAUGGUCGGAUACAGAAGAAGGAAGUCGACACCGGACGCCGAGAGCCUGGCCACUGGAUUCCCGAGGUUGUCUUCCGUGAGGUUGAAAAUAAGACCCUGCUUGCUCCUAGUGGCGUUUGCUUCCGCCAGCUUGGCGCAUCGUCUUCCAGGUUUGAAGCACUUUCUCCUACAUCCCAAAUCUGUCUGAACCUUGGUCAGUUCAACGUGAAUCAGCUCCUGCAGUGUCAAGCAGAGACACGGACUUUUCUGCCACAAGAUGCGCCAGGAGUGAAUGUAAAUGUCAACGUGGGCUCUGCCGAGCGACCUCCGCGACCCGCGUCUCGUGUUCUCGGCUUCGAGACGCGGGAGCGCAUUCUGCCCAUGGGCCAGGAGGUUCAUGCCUUGGGCGACGUGGCGUGGCGUUAUCGGGCCUCCAUCCAGGGCAUGCAGGGGGGUGGAGGAAGCUUGGCAGUGCUCCAGCCAGCUCAGGUCGGGCCUUUCACCUUCGCGUUCGGCUCGCGGGACGACUGGCUGUCGAAACAGCAGAACUCAAUCAGUGCAGCAAGGGAAUCGGUGAUGCUCUGCAGUGGCCUUGGCCUUUGCAGUGUUGUUGUCGGAGGCGUCGUGCUGCUCGGCAGCCGUUCCCAGUGA